UCCCUCUAAAACCCUAGGGAUCCUGUUCUCUCCCCAUUGCCUGGAAUGAAUCUAAGCCCUGACCCCCUGUUUUUGUGUUCAGGACACAGUGACCUUCCCUGAUGUGGCCGUGAGCUUUUCCCCAGAGGAGUGGUCAUGCCUGGAUACCUCUCAGAGGAAGCUCUGUAGAGAUGUAAUGCUGGAGACCUACCAGCAUCUGCAGGCAGUAGGCAGUUCAGAGACUUAUGCCAAGGUCUGCACCCAGGAAUCACUUUUGAUGGGGUUUAGUGAAUCCUAUAUAGUUCUGGGGCUGAUCUCCUGUUUAGAAGGAGGAACUCUGGAGAGUGCAGAGAAGCAUGUUUGCAGGACUUUCUGCAAAGGGCCUUGCUGCUGCUCUUCUGGAAGAAUCCAAGAUGGAGAAGAUGGGGCCACACUGUCUGGUAUCCUAUCCCCAGGACAUGGUAACCUUCCCUGAUGUGUUCGUAAGCUUCUCCCCAGAGGAGUGGCCAUUCCUGGAUAUCUCUCAGAGGAAGCUCUACAGAGAAGUGAUGCUGGAGACCUAUGAGCACCUGCAGGAUAUAGGGCAUUGCAGGGUGAAGCCUGCGCUGAUCUCUUGGUUGGAAGGAGGAGCCCUUGGGAGACUGCCGAGAGACACGUUUGCAGUCAAAUCUCCUUGGAUGACUUUCAGAGUGGAGCAGAGUAGACAGCAAAAGGAAAUGGCCAGAACACCAGUAAGUAAUGAAUCUAGCUCAAAGGAAUUAUCAGGCACAGGUAAUCUGCUGAAGACGAGUGGCUCACAGCAAGCCCAGAAACCACCAACACCUCUUGGAAAAGCAAGUCCCUUUGGACAAGACUCUAAACCAAAACUGGAACUCAGAAGAAAGGAGCCAGAGGUGAAGAUAUAUAGCUUAAGAGAAAGAAAGGGCCAUGCAUAUCAGGAGUUCGGCAGGCUCCAGGAUGAUGAUUACCUAUAUUGUGAGAACUGUCAGAACUACUUCAUCGACAAAUGCUCUGUUCAUGGACCUCCUAUAUUUGUAAAGGACAGAGCAGUAGCAAAGGGCCAUUGUAACCGUUCAGCCCUCACUCUGCCACAUGGGUUGAGAAUCGGACAAUCAGGCAUCCCUGAGGCUGGACUUGGAGUGUGGAAUGAGAUAUCUGACUUGCCAGUGGGUUUGCACUUUGGCCCAUAUGAGGGCCAGAUCACAGACACUGAAGAGGCAGCCAACAGUGUGUACUCCUGGCUGAUCACCAAGGGGAAAAAUUGCUAUGAGUAUGUGGAUGGAACAGAUGAAUCUUUGGCAAAUUGGAUGAGGUAUGUGAAAUGUGCCAGAGAGGAUGUGGAGCAGAACCUCGUGGCCUUUCAGUAUCAUGGGCAGAUCUUUUACCGAACCUGCCGUAUCAUCAAGCCAGGCUGUGAACUCUUGGUCUGGUAUGGAGACGAGUAUGGCCAGGAACUGGGCAUCAAGUGGGGCAGCAAGUGGAAGAGUGAAUUCAGAGCAGAUAAAGCAGAAACAACCCCAGAAAGCAAUCCAUGUCCCUUCUGCUCACUCAACUUCUCCAGUCAGAACUUCCUCAGUCGCCACAUGAAACAAAGUCAUUCCUCUCGGAUCCUCCCAGGAACAUCUGCAAGAAAGCACCCUCAAUUAGAGAAUUUCUGUCCACAUGAUCAAAAUCAGCUGCAGCAAUGCUCUGAUUCAUAUAAUGACAAAUUUGACAAAAUAAGAAGUGCCCAACUUGAAAGUCAGAAGCACAAAGAAAGCUCAAUAGCUUUGUCGAAGAAGAUAAAGCAUAAAAUAAUUUUAAGAGCCUUUUCUAGCCUAUCUAGCAAUCAAAUAGGAUGCUCUAAUAAACCUAAGAUGACACUGGAAGAAAAAACUAACACAGGUCAGAAAGAAAAUCCAGAGUACACAAGACUAGUUGCAGGGAAAGGAAUGCCAAGAAUUUUAAGAGGCAAGUACUUAAGGCCAGGGAGAGGCUUCAGUGAUGGAUCAAAUCUCAUCACACAUCAGAGGACUCAAACAAUGGAGAAACCCUAUGUUUGCAGAGACUGUGAGCGAGGCUUCAGUCAGAGGUCACAUCUCACAAGACACCAGAGGACACACACAGGGGAGAAGCCUUACAUUUGCAGGGAGUGUGGGCGAGGCUUCAGUCUGAGGUCAAGUCUCAUCACACACCAGAGGACACACACAGGGGAGAAGCCCCAUAUUUGCAGGCAAUGUGGGCGAGGCUUCAGUUAUAGUUCAGAUCUUAUCAGACACCAGAGAACACACACAGGGGAGAAGCCCUAUGUUUGCAGGGAGUGUGGGCGAGGCUUCGUUCGGAGUUCAAAUCUUAUCAGACACCAGAGGACACACACAGGAGAGAAGCCUUAUGUUUGUAGGGACUGUGGGCGAGGUUUCAGUCUGAGGUCAAAUCUCAUCAAACACCAGAGCAUACACACAGGAGAGAAGCCCUAUGUUUGCAGUGAGUGUGGGCGAAGCUUUAGUCUGAGGUCAAAUCUUAUCAUACACAAGAGGACACACACAGGGGAGAAGCCCUGUGUUUGUAGGGAAUGUGGGCGAGGCUUCAGUUGGAGUUCUGAUCUCAUCAGACACCAAAGGACACACACAGGGGAGAAGCGCUAUGUUUGCAGGGAGUGUGGGCGAGGCUUUGUUCGGAGUUCAAAUCUCAUCACACACCUAAGGACACACACAGGGGAGAAGCCCUAUGUUUGCAGGGAGUGUGGGCGAAGCUUCAGUCUGGGGUCAAAUCUCAUCACACACCAGAGGACACACACAGGGGAGAAACCCUAUGUUUGUAGGGAGUGUGGACGAGGCUUCAGUCUGAGGUCAAAUCUCCUUACACACCAGAGGACACAUACAGGGUAGAAGCCCUAUGUUUGCAGGGGGCAGGGAGUGUGGUCUGAGGUAAAGUCAUACCAGAGGACAUACUGGGAGAAUCCCCAUAUUUACAUGGAGUGCAGGCUGAGCUUCAGUUGGAAAUCACAUCAGACACCAGAGAACUCACAGGGUUGAAGUUCUGUUUGAAGCAAAGAUGACUAAUAAACAGUAACAUCCACAAAAAUCAGAUGCAGCCAUCACUAACAUACCUGAGAAGACCAGAGAAGUGUACCAACCUCUAACCCCUUCCAUUUAUUGCUCUGUGCACUAAUAAACUUUAUCUUCAUA